CCUGAAUAUUCUCUUUCCCCUUGAUUCCAGGAUAAUUAAUGAAAUUCAUGCUCGAACCACUUUGGUUCUACAAAGUAUGGAAAGUCGUUCUAGAAAACGUGACAGUCUUGAUAUCGUUUUCAUUGUAAUUUGAUUGGGAUUGUUGUACUAGUUGUACUAGUUGUUAUCUUUGUUCGUUUCUUUCCUGACAUUGAUGUGUGUCUAUGCGAUAGAAGUGCUGAAGCCCGUGGCGGACUCCUUUAGAGUGAUGUGGAAUUUUUAUGAAUUUGAGAUGUGAGAAGUAUAAUGACUAAGUAUAUGCUGUGAAUGUGAUAUGUUCUUGCGAUAUGUGAGCAGCAGUUCCCGCUUAUUAGUUUAGUAGUAACGUACUACUAUUCUGGCUUUUAUUUCGAGUCGUGAUCAGCAUCCUCAUUUCGUGCUUCUGGUUUCACUUGAUUAUCGUCGGCCACUGCGUCAGCCGUUGCAUCAGCAACAAGAUUAGUAUCUGUUGCAUUGAUCAUUUUCUCCCAAGAAUAGAAAACUAUGGCUCCUGAUGACCACGUUGGGGGACAAUUCUCUGGAGAUGCUCCUUCUCAACAUAAUUCCGUUGCGCCAGUAGGUGGAGAGCCUCCAGCCGCAGCUUUGAGUAGUUCUGAACAGAGACGCGCCUCUUUCUUCUUCCAGAAGCGGUUUUUUAAGGCUUCUAGUUUAUCGCUUCUUUUCCCUCCGCGUGUGAAGUAUGAGUGUCUAUGGUGCUGAGGGGCGUCCCCCUCUGGAGUUUAAAGGGGAAACAACUUCCUAGGGGGGCACCUGGCAUCUACUCGCCCCACCACGGAUACUAGACCCAAAAGCUAGCGCUUUUAGGCGGGAAGAUAGUGAAAAACUACUUCUAGCACUUCUUCUCCUAAGAUAUACUGUGAGCGAUGUUUAGACCAGUCUCGCAUGUCUUUGCAUUACUUGGAUCCCCCAAGACUGCCAAGAUUUUGGAACCUUGAUGCCCCUGGCGGUGCUACUCUCUCUGGGCCUGGGCGAGCUGUUCUUAAGGAAAAAAGACCACUCAGUCAAGCUUUCUCGAAGUUUUCUAGAAGUAAGAUCACUCAGCCAAGCUCUCUAGAAGUAAGAUCAUAAGGCUAGGCUUUGCACUACUUAGGCUCCCUCGCGUUCUUGUGACCUAUGGAUGCUGAGUGGGCUCAAGUAGUAGUAGUAGUAGUAGCGCAGUGGCCCUCCCCCUCGCUAGUUUUUCUAGAAGUAAGACCAUUCAAGCAAGGACUGACGGAGGGUGGAGACUUCUUCACUGUGCACUAGACUAGUAACGCAGUAGCAGUGUAGUUGUACUAGUUCUCUUCUAUACCCCUGAAGUCGGUGCACUCACUUACGCACUAGCUGACUCACUUACUUACUCACUCACUGACUCACUUACCCACUUGCGCACUUACUGAGUGACCCACUUACUCACUUACCCCCUUACCCACUCACUUACCCACUCACUUACGCACCCACCCACUUACCCACCCACUUACCCACCCACUCACCCACCCACUCACUCACUUACCCACCCACUCACUCACUUGCCCACCCACUCACUCACUUAGUCACCCACUUAGUCACUUACUACUUGCUUACCCACUCACCCACCCACUUACCCACUAACUUGCUCACUCACCUACUCACCCCCUUACUCACUCCUUGGCCUACUCACUUACGCACUCACUCACCCACCCACUUACCUACUCACUCACGUACUCACUCACCUACCCACUCACCCAAAGCUCCUGACUUAAGGGGAAGGAGAGAGGCUCUUUGUGGUUCAGGGCAGCUCCUCUCAUGGUGGUCAAGUUGGCCGCAAAGGAGGAAGUAUAGGGCAACGACUCAUAGUCAAGUAGGCAUGCAUCAUAGUGAAAAACAACCGCCGGCCGCGCUAAUGUUCGAAACGCUUUGGAAAGACGGACCUUGUGCAAUGUCGGAGGCUUCUUAGCCAGUGGGCCCAGUGGUAGGAGAGGAAUAGCAGGUGACGACCCGAGGAAUAUGGACGACCAAAAUCGAGCCGAGGACGAAAAAGCGAUGUCGAGCAAUCUUGUGGCUGGCAGUGUAGAUCAUGUGCACAUGAUUGGACCCGCAAGCAUUCCACGACCUAGCGGAAAUGGAAACACUACAGGAGCAGGACAGCACACAAAUCAGAAGGUGAGCGGCACAAACGGUAACGGAGCAGGAAAGAAGGCCACUGGAAGUGGACCAAAUGGAUCAGGCUCAUCGGGUGCAACAAUUAAGGCUUUCGGGAUGGAUCCAUUUUCAGAAGCUGAAGCAUCUUGGCGCACCCCUGUAAGGGGGAAGCAGGCUGCUCAAGAUGACGGGCUUUCAGACUCAAGGUGGAUUCACCCGCAUCCAGGAGCAUCUUCUAAAAGAAAUAUGCCAAGAAGUAGUGGCUUUGUGAGUCCCAAUAUUAACACAACUUUCAACAAAAAUUUGCCAAAGUCAUUAUUGUAUCCGGAAGGUGAGGAAACGGCGCCGCGAAGCAGAUUGCUCAAAAUGGACAGGGAUACGGGAAGGGGGUUCGUCUGUUUCGCCUGCGAAAUGAGAGCACAAAUUAAGGCUUCUUCCGAUUAUAAUCCAUCCCCGGAACAAGCAGGAUCCCGAGACCGUUUUUUGAAAGGUGGGAAUCAUCCGUCUCCGGAACAAGCAUGGCCCUGAGAUUGUUGUAUUUAGUUGGCUUCUGCCACCCGGUUUAAAAAACGCAUUAAACGGGGAAAAGGAAAAGGUCUCAGGAUGAUUCUCAACAUGGAUUAGGGUGAGUUCUAAACAAAGCCUGAUGAGCCAAUACUUGCUUCCUAAGCCAAACGCGGGCUCCCCUGGUCGAGGAGCCGACCUGGCGGUGUAGGAAGCGACUUGGUUCAGGAUCUACUUUAGUAAAUGGAAGCAAGUAGCACAGGAGGACACGUGAGAUCUUUUUACUUUCCGUUUCCAUAGGCUAGCAGCAUGACAUGAAAGAGGGAGCACCCAAUGAGGACUAGUCGGGAUAGCGUGAGGAAUAAGAGUGAAUACGCAAUGCGGACUAGUGAUAGCGUGAGCAUAGGCACACUCGACUCAGAAGAACAGCGAACUGCGUACAUGACUGGGAUUCUUUUCUUCUACAAUUCCAGCACCAUCAUGUUAAGACUUAGAAGCGGAGCAGUCACAUUGCGUGGCGGCGAAGUAGAGGCGCCCUAUCCUAUCCUGCAAAGCAUGGCGACCUUCUUCUACUAUGCAUCCUGGUAAAUCUUGGCGUUGCAUAUUAAGGACUCCUGAAGAUGAAAGAUCCAGCUCCUUAGUAUCUUGUUACUUUCUUGGAACUGAGUGCGAGUUUAUGAUGUUCACGACGUCCAUAGGUUAAAACUAUCUUUUUUUCGGAUGUGUAUGUGUAUGGCACUUAUCUCUUCACUCUACUUCAUAGUAUGAGCAAGUUCUUCAUACGAGCAAGUGCUUAUGCUGGAUGGAGAAUGGGUGGAGUUAUUCCUGUUUCAACUCACGAAAGUGAGCAACUAACUGUUAAAACAUCCACCAAAGGGAAAAGCGGCACUUUCUGCAAGUAAGAGCUAGCAACUAUUUUUUUUAACAAGCCUCCAUAGUUCAUCCUCAUUCGGCUCCCUUGCUCUUCUAAUUAGAAGGAACAGGGUGACUGAAAGGCCUCAAAAUCGUUUGUGAGGACGAACAAAGAGGUAGCAUGACACGACAGACGCAUCACUAUUUUUUUUAGACAUUCAUGCUUGCAUCAAAGGGAAAGACGCGCCAGGAACUAUCAAAAAACGCCAGCACUUCAUACGCAUUCAUCGAGUCCGACAUGGGAUGAGUACCACACUUCAGCAGCAUGCAAUCUAAUCGCUAAAAUUUAAUACCUA